AUGGAUCAUUAUUCACAUACUCAAUACAAAGAUACAGAGGGGGUUGAGGCAAACACUGAAUCAAUUGAAAAAUUCGUUCCAGAACAUCAGUUUCCUUUUGAUCAAUCAAUUCGUGAUGCUACUCCUUCAAACAUCAAUUCUAUAAAGAAAGAUUCUGGUGAUGCAGUUGUUGAAGAAUCACAAGUCAGACGUGCAAUGGCCGUUUCUUUUCCAAGAAGAUCAGAGAGUGCUUAUAAACAAUAUGAAAGCGUUACAAAACGCAAAAACGAAGCCAUCAACAACGGGACCAAAAACUAUUUGCAAAAAUAUUAUCAACCAGAAGUCUAUAAUUCAAUAAUCACAAAUAAAAAACUUGGAGAGGGAAAUGUUAGAAUUGGACAUAGUACAGUUAAACCUAGAAGUACAUUCAAAAUAGAGAAGGGUACCGAAAAGGGUGACCUUAUCUUGAAUAUCAUUGUUCAAAUUGGUUUGGCCUUAAAAACCGGGAUCACUAACCAUAAUACCAAGAAUGAUCAAAAAGCCAGUUCUGUUCUUUAUGAAUUAACAAAUGUUUAUAUAGGAGGAAGCACCUUCAAAGGUCUUUUUAAUGAUACAAUUUUUAAGAACCAAAAAGUUAUAAAAUGUGACAAGAUUAAAGAACUGGCAGAAAAUCACUCACAGAAGGUAAGUAAAUGUUGUCUUAAUUUUCAAGAUAUGAUCAAGGUAUAUUGA